AUGCGCAAAGGGAUGGCUCCUCUGCGGAGGCACAGAACGGGAGUACGAAAUGUUUUUUAUGUUUAUCUCUCCAUUUCAGUGGCUUAUUCUUACAAUAUAGACUUAGAACAUCCUUUGGUGUUCCGCGGACCAAAUUCUAGUUUUUUUGGCUAUUCUGUGCUGGAGCAUUAUUAUGACAACACACGCUGGAUAAUAGUAGGCGCACCAAAGGCAAACUCUUCCUACAGUAGCUCUGUGCGCUCUCCCGGAGCUCUAUAUAAGUGUCGAGUUCACAGCAACCCUGAACGCCGCUGCACAGAGAUGGAUCUAGGAAGAGGAAACAGGCAGAGAGAGUCGUGUGGGAAGACUUGCCAAGGAGACAGAGAUGAUGAGUGGAUGGGGGUCAGCCUGGCCCGCCAGGACAGCGCCAACGGCAAAAUACUGGCUUGUGCUCACCGCUGGAAAAACGUCUUCUACGAGUCAGAGCAUAUCCUUCCGCAUGGAUACUGCUCCAUCAUUCCUGCAACGCUCCAGAGCAGGACAAAAGCACUUAUCCCCUGUUACGAAGACUAUAAGCAGAAGUAUGGGGAAGAGCACGGCUCGUGCCAAGCUGGGAUAGCGGGAGUUUUUACGGAGGAGCUUGUGGUGAUGGGGGCACCGGGGUCAUACUACUGGACUGGGACCAUCAAGGUGUACAACCUGACGUCUGACUCCCUCUAUAGCCCGAACAAAGACAACAUCGACUCUCACAGAUACAGCUAUCUUGGCUAUGCUGUGACUGCUGGACACUUCUCGUCUCCUAAUGUAAUAGACAUCGCUGCAGGGGCGCCUCAGCACAGCGGCAGCGGAAAAGUUUAUAUUUUUAAAAUCGAUGGUGCGUCUUUGGUGAAGAGUUUUCAAGCCUCAGGGAAAAUGAUGGGCUCUUACUUUGGCUCCUCAUUGUGUGCAGUUGAUCUGAACCAGGACGGCCUGUCGGACCUGCUGGUGGGGGCACCGAUGCACAGCCAGCUCAGGGAUGAGGGCCAGGUGUCUGUGUACCUCAGCAGGGGCAACGGAGUCAUGGAAGAGGAUGGCGUGUUAACUGGCGAUAGUGCUUUCAAUGCACACUUUGGAGAAUGCAUUGCUGCAAUCGGAGAUAUAGAUGACGAUGGUUAUCAAGAUGUAGCCAUAGGAGCACCCAAAGAGGAUGACUAUGGGGGAGCUGUUUAUAUCUACCAUGGGGACGCCACAGGAAUAACCAAAAAAUACUCAAUGAAACUGUCUGGGCGCAGUGUAAACCCUGGUCUGCAGAUGUUUGGCCAAUCCAUCUCUGGCAAUGUGGACAUGGAUGGCAAUGGAUACACAGAUGUCACUAUCGGAGCUUUCAUGGCAGACAGUGUGGUGCUGCUGAGGUCCCGGCCUGUGAUUACAGUGGAUGCCUCUAUCUUCCUGCCUGUCUCUAUCAACAUAACUGUGCCACAGUGCCACGAGGGCCACCAGAACCUGAACUGCUUCAAUGUCACAGUCUGCAUGCGUUUCAGAGGAAGACAGCUACCUGGACAAAUAGAGUUGCUGUAUAACUUGACGGCUGAUGUGGAAAAGCGCCUGAAAGCCCAGCCUUCCCGGGUCUACUUUGUUCAAAGUGGAUCUCAGAUCACCCAGAUGAGCCAUCAACUUAGCCUGGACAUCAACAGAGAGGAGUGCCAGCGCUACACUGCCUACGUUAAGAAAGACGUAAAGGACGUGUUCACAGCCAUCACAUUCGAGGUGGCUUACAGCCUGGGGACCCACAUGCUGACGGGACACCGGGAGCGAGACCUGCCCGCGCUCACUCCAGUGCUACGGUGGAGGAAAGGGAGCAAGAUUGCAGUGAGGAAUGAGACUUGGUUCGAGAAGAACUGCCUGUCAGACGACUGUGCUGCUGACCUGAGGCUUCACGGGAAGCUGUUGCUUUCUGGAUUGCAUAGCAAACCCCAUUUGGCCCUCGGAGGAGUGAAGAACGUCUCUCUGAACCUGACCAUCUCUAACGCCGGCGAUGACGCCUACGACACAAACAUCUACUUGAACUUCUCCAGGGAAGUUUUCUACAUCAACUUCUGGCAGAAGGAAGAGAAGGGUAUUUCCUGUGAACUUGUCGAAUUGGACUUCCUCCGAUGCAGAGUGGGAUUUCCUUUCAUGAGAGCACAGACUAAGUAUCAUUUUGCAGUGAUUUUUGACACCACCCAGCUCUCUGGGGAAAAUGACACAUUACAGUUCUUAGUUCAAGCAAAAAGCGCCAAUCCUGAGCACAAACUUUCCGACAACUUUCUGGAUAUCUCCAUCCCUCUGAUUCACGAGACCGACACCACUAUAACUGGUGUGAUUACGCCAACUUCCUUUGUGUAUGGAAACUCCGUUGAUGACUCGCGCUUUGUCCAAUUAGAAGACAUGGAGUGCAACUUUCAACCUCUCAAUCUCACCUUCCAGGCUAUAAAUAAGGGGCCCAGCAGGUUGCCUGGCUCUACUGUGGACAUCAGGAUUCCCAACCGGCUGGCUGGCAGCGGAGCCGAGAUGUUCCACAUCAUUGAAACACAGGUGGCCAGUGGUCGAGGAAACUGCACGCCUCAUAGGAACCCAACACCAUGCACCAUCCCCCAGGACAAAGAGAGCAUCUUUCACUCCAUAUUUGCCUUCUUCACCAAAUCAGGACGGAAAGUCUUGGACUGUGAUCGGCCUGGAAGAGCAUGUAUGACCAUCUCCUGCAGUCUGGGUCCACAGUUAAAAGAAGAAGCUUUGGGCAUAGAUAUAAAACUUUUACUCAACACUGAAAUCCUAAAGACGGAUUCUUCCUCUGUGAUCCAGUUUGUCACAAGGGGCAAUGUACAAGUAAAUGACAGGACGGUGGAAGUGCCAGAUGGCCUGCCAGAGGACAUUUCCCUGGUGUUUGAGGCUCUCCACAGUCAGGAGCCAAGGGGUUACGUAGUUGGCUGGAUCAUUGCCAUCAGUUUGUUGGUGGGAAUCCUCAUCUUUUUGCUGUUAGCUGUGCUGCUCUGGAAGAUGGGAUUCUUCCGUCGACGCUACAGGGAGAUCAUUGAGGCCGAAAAGAACAGAAAGGACAGUGAUGAAAGCUGGGACUGGAUGGAAAAGGACCACUGAGACUUGCGGCAGGAGUCCCAGAGGAGCCAGUGAGAUUAGGGAUUCGGCUGAGAAAGAUCCAAUAGCACAGGGUCUCUCAGGCCGGCCCCCCCAGUGGCAUUGGGCCUUUCAGUCUUCCAUAUGUGGAAGAAAAGAAUAUUCUCCAUAUUUUUUGGAGACUUAAU